GAGCCAAGUUGUUCAGUCUAAAGAAAAUCCCAGUUCUUGUAUGUUACAUUCUAUGCCAGUUUUAGAGCCAAUGAAUGUUUUUAAGCCAUGUAAGGAAGAAACUUUAGAUCCCCCUGAAAGUGAUAGUAAUGGUGAAGGUGGUGUAACCCUCACUUCAAAAAUGCCGGCUAAGAUCAAGAGACGUCGAUCAUCGGUAGAAAAAAUAAAAGAUAUUCCCACCAGGUCAUCUGUACUAGGUCAAGUGCAAGAAAGUCAAAAUCCACUGGAGUUAAAAGAAGUCAUCAAUGAACCUGUACUGGAAGAUGUUGGAGUAGUCUCUUGUCUUGCUGAACAUCAGGUACCUCUUUUGAAAGAAACGGCUAUGAAGCCUCCACAACCAAGAAAAAAGAGAAUAAGAUCUUCCCAAGAACAUUUAUUAAAGAAUAAAUCAGAGAGUACUCUAGAUCCACCAUUAGAGAUUAAAACUACAGAGGAGGUAACUAAUUUGGAUAAAGAAGAAAUAAGUGCUGCACAUAAAAUGCCAGCAAAACGAAAAAGAGCAGCUUCUACGUCUGGAGUACCGUUCAAAGAUGGACACGAGUUAAUUAAUCCUUUAGUUAAGGAUACUGAUGAGGCUCUUGUAAAUGUUGCUAGUCUUCCUAAAAAGAACUGUAUAAAUACUAAGAGAAAGAAGACUGGCAAUAAUACUAAGCAUGAUGUAAAUGAACUCAAAUGUAUUGAUUGUGGAUUAAAGUUUGGGUCCCUUGCCUCAUUGGAAGAUCAUCAACAAGAUUGUGUUACAAUUGCUUUUGAGAUGAGCCUUAUGGAAGCGGAGGAUCAUCUUUUUGAGUGUCCUCAUUGCCAUUUAACAUUUGCACUUAAAGGCACUCAGCGAAAGCACACAACUUCAUGCCGGCUCGUCAAAUAUAAGCGUUCCUCGCAUAGGCAUGACAGUAAAACUUUAAAGAGGACAAAAAAUUCAGCUUCUCUUCAUACUCAGUUCUCAGAGGAUGUUGUCACUAGCAGUGAUGUAGCUACUAUUGUUGAAACAACUUCAAGAAAGGCUUCUGUAAAGGCCCGGAGAUGUAGUAAAGAAAAUGUGGCCAGUGAUAAAGAUGGCAUUUCUUCCUCACUACAAAGUGAUGUUUGUGUAGCCUUUUUUACAAAUCACACUGAGAAAAUAGGUACAAGUUUAAGUGAAAGUAAUUUGAAAGAAAAUAUAAAUAAGGCUGGUAAUAUGCAAAAAAUAGUGCCUGUAACUUCAAGGGGUAGUCCUAGAACCAAAAAAGAAUCUCAGGUUAAUGGGAAAAUAGUGAAUGUUGAAUUUUUGGAAUAUUCUUCUGCAAACAUUGGUAAUAAUCAGCAGUGUCUAGUGUGUGGACAUGAGAUAACAGAUCAAGAUAUAUCUAAUAAACAUCAGUUGCUACAACAGUUCUCUAAUCGUUGUCAGCAACAGUCUGUACUUGAUGUGUGUGCAGUGAUUACUUACUACAACCUUGGUUUUGAUGCAGUCAGGUCAUUGGUAACUUCUGCAAUUGUGUACCAAGGUUCUACUCUACUCAGUCUUGAUGCUAAGCAGCAAUCAUCCUUUAAUACAAGCUCCCUCUCAUCAAAUGCCUCCAAUAGUUGUGCCAUAAAAUUAAGAGAGAUUUUAGCUUCUCCACAUUGCACUAGGAUGUCAUCUACUUUAGAGACUAUAGCCAAGCAUCAUCAGUCCUCAGAUAUUGUUAGCAUCAGUGGCACACGUCAAGAAGCCUUAAAGGCAGUCUCAACUCUGGAGGAAAUACUUAAAGAAAUAUCUGAGGCUGAGAGUGUAAUUAAGAAAAAUCGUAUGCUCAAAUCUAUGAGGGAAACUUUUGAAGCAGGAACUCUGACAUGAAUGAAAUAGAUGAGAUGAAUCAUAGUCUGUAUAAUGGUUGUGACUUUCAUACACAGUAAUUUUAUUUCAUUGCAUGCAAUAAUUGUGACAUGCUGUAAAUGGUGAUAAAAUACAGCAAGUCAGGGGCAUUUUUUUUUUUUUUGUGAAUACCACAACAAAGGUUUAUUUUUUGAAGGACCAGUACAUUAUAUGUUAAUGAAACUUGUAAAUUGCUUUUUAUUGUGAAUGUUACAUUUCACAAUAAUUCUUAUAAAGCUCUGGACAGUAUCUUUGAGCUAGGGGGUUUCCAGUUCAUAUUUAUGUAAUAGUAAAAGAAAAAAAUCAAAAUAUUUAUUGUAGACUGACCUAAAGUUGUAUAUUAGUGUGUAUAUUUGUUGUUAGUCUAGAAUGAAUACUUGAGAUUUAAUCUACUUAGAAAUACACUUCAUUAAUAAGGUUAGGGUCCAGAGAUAGAGCAAGACUGCAUCACAUUGCUGAUACUGUACAUCCAUUGCACUAUUUUUCUGUAUUUUCUAAUAACCAUAGAGAAGACAAAGUGUGUAUGUAUAAAUAUUAUUUAUAAGGAAUAAUUUUACAGCUGUUGAAUUUUAAGGGAAUUUUGCAGAAGUAUUGUUUAUAGAAUUUUGUAUAUAUCCAACAUAAAAUUCCCAAUACACCCCUAGGAAUUCUCGAUUUAGUAAGUUUGUGUGUUAUUUGUGGUUGCUCUCUGCUUGGAGGUAAUGUCCUGUAUGCAGUAUUGCAUUAUAAUUAUGUAGUGAAAUGUGGCAUCUUCACAAAAUGUGCAUAUUAAUUUAUAAACUAUAAUUUUGGCUCCAGUAAAAUGGAUAUAUUUCUAUCAAAACCUGCUUAUAUAUAGUAGCCAUUUGUUAUUCUAGGAAUUAUUUUUAGAUAUUGUAUCUAAAUGUCUCUUGAUCUCAAAAUAAGUCAAAUUGAAUCUGUACAGUGUGUUUGAGGAGAUUACUUGGUAACACAGCUUUGGCAUUGUUCACACUGCUGUGCCCCUCCCCCCCUUUUUUUUAAUAUAUAUAUAUGGUAUAUAUACUGCAUUUUGGAGACACACCUCAGUCAUUUUUCUGCUUCAUAUUGACACCAGCAGCAGCACAUAUUUACAGAUAAUCAUUAUAUAUUUUUUCUUCUUCGUCUUUCCUAUAUUUAAACGUAAAUACCCAACACUUACUGUUGGUUUAUGUUUCCCGUCACUUAGUUUUAAGAAUGUGCUGCGUGUAAGUUUGUCUUUUCAUAUUAUUUAUAAAUACAUUUUUGUACUAAACAGUAAUAUAAGAAUAAAUGGAGAUGCAUGAAUUACACAAGUUUUAUAUAUGAUUUAAGAACUGUAAUAUUAAAUUGCAGAACAUUUAAA